AGAAACAAACUCAUCUACAUCUUGGAUGGCCUGAGGGAGAAAGGAUCCCAUUUCAUGGGAGAAUCCUCUUUCCUUUACUCCUGGGUGAACCGGUGAUUUCUGAAAAUGGAUGAGCAGGAGGCCCUGAAUUCCAUCAUGCAAGACCUGGUGGUGCUGCAUCGAUCCAGUCGACCAUCUGGUCUGUCUGACCUGGGCAAACCCAAGGCCUCCUCUCCCAAGAACCAGAAUGAUGUAAGGGUGAAGUUUGAGUACCGAGGAGAGAAGAGGAUCCUGCAGUUCCCUCGACCUGUCAGUCUGGAAGAUCUGAGCGCCAAAGCUAAAGUAGCGUUUGGGCAGAGCAUGGACCUGCAUUACACCAAUAAUGAGCUUGUGAUUCCGUUGAGUACUCAGGAUGAUCUGGAUAAAGCUGUGGAGCUGCUGGAUCGCUCGGUGCAUAUGAAGAGCCUAAAAAUCCUGCUGGUGCUCCCCUCCUGUACUCAAAACUCUGUCUCCAGUAAGGACCUGUUGCCAGCACAUGAGAACUUGGACAACACAGACUUUAGUGUUGCAGAUAAAAAGAACAUGCUGGCACUCAUAGGUUCUCAGUCAACCGAUCGUAGCUCUCCUCCUCCAGGCUAUAUUCCUGAUGCUCUGCAGCAGGUGGCCAGAAACGGCUCUUUCACAAGCAUCAACAGUGAGGGCGAAUUCAUACCAGAGAGCAUGGACCAGAUGCUGGACCCUUUGUCUAUGAGCAGUCCUGAGAAUUCAGCAUCAGGCAGCUGUCCUUCAUUGGACAGUCCACUUGACAGUGAUACCUAUCCCAAAUCCCGUAUGCCUCGAGCCCUGAGCUACCCUGAUAACCAUCAAGAGUUCCCUGAGUAUGACAUACCAGUGUUUGAAAAAACAGCGAAGGGAGGAACCUAUCCUAGGCGAUAUCCCAUCUCGUUUGGUCUGCACGACUACAGCGAUGGACGAAAGACCUUUCCCAGGGCGCGGCGGACACAAGCUCAUGGAUUUCGUUCUCCAGUAAGUUUCAGUCCAACUGAGCAGCAGAGCCCCAGCACUAGCAGUGGAAGCAGCAUCUUCACUCCUGAGCUAGAGGAACCGGGGCGCAGACGCCGUGGCAGCGACAUAGAGCCCAGCUCUAACCCCACUCUCUCAGUCAUGGACAUCAGCCCUCCAAGCCGCUCCCCUCGGGCUCCCACAAACUGGCGUCUAGGGAAGCUUUUGGGGCAAGGAGCGUUCGGGCGAGUGUUUCUAUGCUACGAUGCAGACACUGGCAGAGAACUGGCUGUUAAACAGGUGCAGUUUGAUCCGGAUAGCCCAGAAACCAGCAAGGAGGUGAGUGCUCUGGAGUGUGAGAUUCAACUGCUGAAAAAUCUAUUCCAUGAGCGCAUUGUUCAGUACUACGGCUGCUUGCGGGACACGCAUGAAAGAACUCUUUCUAUCUUUAUGGAGUACAUGCCUGGGGUAAGUUAA